GAGUCAGUUUUAAAACCGACACCUAAAACUAUGUUGUUCAUUUAUAAAAUUUUAGUCCUUUUAAUAGUAGUAUCCAUAGCAGCUAGUGAUAUCUGUACCAUUUCAAACUAUGACCAAGUAGACGAAGCCCUUAGCAGUUGUAAAGAUAUAGUUAUUUCAAAUCUAACAGUGCCAAGUGGAAAAACUUUAAAUUUAAAUUUAAAAGAACGUUCGACAGUUACGUUUGAUGGUGUCAUUACUUUUGAGGUUUCCUUCAGAACGGGCUUUCUAGUGUCCGUUGCGGGGAAAAACGUUUUGGUUCAAGGAGCUCCAGGUAGCAUUUUAAAUGGUCAAGGCGAAAAAUACUGGGACGGUUUUGGAGAUAAUGGAGUAGUUAAACCAAAAUUCUUUAGGGUGGCCACAAGUGGUGGGUCUAUUUUCAGAAACAUCUAUUUAUUGAAUUGUCCACACUUUUGUGUGGGUGUUUAUGCCACUGAUGUUACUCUCACCGGAUGGACCAUUGAUGUCUUAGCAGGAAAUACGAGGGGAGGUCUUAAUACCGACGGUUUUGGAAUACAUUCAGGCAAAAAUAUAGUCGUACAAGAUUCUGUUGUAAUGAACCAAGACGAUUGCGUAGUUGUCAAUUCUGGUACUGAUAUGAUAUUUAGAAAUUUGCAAUGUUAUGGUUCCCACGGUCUGAGUUUUUCUGUUGGUAGUAAAACUGAAGAAAAUGCAGAGGCCGGUAUAGUACAAAAUAUUACAUUUUUGGACUCCCUUGUAGCAAAUGGACUGUACGGAAUUCAUAUAAAAACGAAGAAGGGAUCUGGAACGAUCAGGGACGUUAUCUAUGAAAAUAUUCAAUUAUCAGGUAUAACAGAAGAUGGAAUUUACAUUAAUCAAGAUUACGAAGAUAUAGGGAACUACUCGCGAGAAUUUGAAAUACACAAUCUCAAAAUUUCGAACGUCUAUGGCUCUAUUCAAGGAUUACUGACGAGACCUGUUCAUGUUGUUUGUAAUGAAAAUAAGUGUUCAAAUUGGACUUGGUCCAAUAUUAAUAUUUUGGGAACUAGAAAGAGCUAUUGCAAUUAUAUUCCAGAUGGAUUUAGAUGCUAGCAAAUUACAUGUAUAUUUUCAACAAAUUCUCCAAUUUCACGUAUAUCCUGAUUAUCUUUUCGGUAAUAAAUAAAUAUAUAAAAUAAG